CCCACUAGAGCCAUACUGGUUUGGUUUCAUGUAGAGGCCACUUUUCUUGGCCGUUUCUUGCCAUUUUGUUUUUUGGGGUACCCCAUUCUCUUCUCUCAAAGUAAAUGCUGUGUUAUAGAGUACAUUGCAAUCCAAGUAUUUGAUUAAGUAGCAACUUGCUAGCCAAUCGAGGGUCAAUGUUGUUUACUUUAUCUUGCUUAUAAGCUGAAUGUUGUCUUUGAAUCAACACAUUUAAUUUGGAAUUGUUUUGCGAACCUGUAUCAGACCAGCCUCAGAAAAGUUGCUGUUGAUCUUUAGGCUUGGUACUUUGCACAAAACUUCCUAUUACAUGAAUGGAUAUACUAAAAAAAAGUAGGGUUAAUAUGAGAUGUAUGCUUAUUUUUGUUGCAGAGUUGUGAUUGACAACAAUGCUUGUGAGGAUGCCACUGUUAUCCAGGUUGACAGUGUCAACAAACAUGGGAUUCUCCUGGAAGUUGUCCAAGUGCUUACAGAUAUGAAUCUUACAAUAACAAAGGCAUACAUAUCAUUUGAUGGAGGAUGGUUUAUGGUUGUCUAUAAUGUUGUUGACAAUGAUGGCAACAAAAUUAGAGAUAAGGAAGUUAUGGACUAUAUUCAGAGUGAAAGCUAGGGCAAUGAUGCGGUCUGCUCUGAGAUACAUGAAGCAGGCAGUGAAGUCAUUGUUGACAAUCCAUAAUCCAUAUGGCUAAAGCAAGUCAUGACUGAACAAAUUGUUGUUUGAGUUAUCAGUUUGAGAAAACUUGUGCAGCCUCUCAUGCCAUCUCAGCCUGGGAAUGUGGGGGCUACUUGUUGUUUAGGAAUAGGUACCAAUUUGAUCAAGUUACUGAGGAUGCCAUGGUUAAUAGACUGAGCAGUUUCUCCCUUGACGAUAACAACUUUGAAGCGGUGAAGCAGCUUUGUUGCAGCAUUGCCAGUAAAUUUGAUGUUUGAUCUAAAAGUUUUUAAAUGCAUGUUUAUAUAUUUUGGAAUUAUGUUGCCACUGGAAUCUUGUUUUUCUCCUAUUGCCUAUUGGGAACUGAGGCUUGUAAUAGGGGGUUAACUUGUUUGUUUGUGAGGAUGACUGGAUCAAAUGCUAUAUUUGGAAGUUGUUUUGCUGAUCAGGAUGGCUUUUAUUUUGCUGAUAAAUGGAGAAAUCAGUUGAAGUAUUUGAAGGAUAUAAGAAAAGAGCUUUACAUUA